AUGGCCCAGGCAGCCUCCCUGGCACAGCUCCAAGCAGAAGCCAGCUGCCCCAUCUGCCUGGAUUACCUGCGAGACCCAGUGACCACUGACUGUGGGCACAACUUCUGUCACUCGUGCCUCCUCCAGCGCUGGGAGGACCUGCAGGGCGACUUCCCCUGUCCUGUGUGCCUCCAGCACUGCCCUGACAGGAGCCUCAGGAGGAACACCCAGCUCUGUCACAUGGUUGAUGUUGUGAAGCAGCUUCCCAACACAAGGCGCAAGAGGAAGCGGCAGGAAGAGAAACCGCUAUGUGAGAAGCACCAUCAGGUUCUCAGCCUGUUUUGUGAGGAGGACCUGGAGCUGCUGUGUCCCCAAUGCAAGAUCUCUUCUCACCAUGGUGGGCACCUCGUGGUGCCCAUGGAACCAGCUGCAGCCUGUCACAGGAGGAGGCUCAAAGUCUCCAUUGAGCCCCUGGAAGAGCAGCAUGAAGUUGCUAAAAAGGCACUAGAAAUGCAAGUCUCAAAAACAUUUGACUUGAUGUGA